AUGCAUGUGGUGCAGGGGCAUGUUGCCCUAGCAACCUCUAUUGCUUUGCAGCCCAGACAGAUGAGGUUGCCUCUUGUUGCUCUACUGAGGGAGCACCCAAAUGCGCCGAUUCAAGCUGGUCGCUCUGGCAAGGGUUCCAGGGCAAUGAUUUUUGUUGCCAAGUUGGUCUUAUUGGUAUCUAUCAAUCCAGUGGAGAUGUUGCAGGCACUUGCGUUGCCUCGGGUCAAGCUGGCACAGCAACCACUGCUCGACUUCUACCACUACAAAAACUACAACCACGAAAAGCACGUCAAGCACAUCCACGCUGUCUACCACUACGACCGCCGCACAAUCCACAGGUACCAGGGCUGUAUUCGCUCAUUAUAUGCUGAGGCUGUCACUGACGUUCAGGAUGCUAUGAAUGCCGGAUUCGAUGGAUUUGCUCUCAACACUCACACUAUCAGCUCUUCUGACACGUGGAAUACUGAUGCACUCAACUACUUGUUCGCCGCGGCAGCUGGAACAAACUUCAAGCUUUUUAUUUCAUUCGACAUGAGUUGGGGCCUGGAUGUCACGGAGUUGGCCGCUUUCCUUGCGCCCUAUGCUAAGAUGUCGGCUUACUACAUGGUGAACGGACGGGCUUUUGUUAGCACUUAUACAGGAGGUACUAUUUCCAACUCCGCUUGGGAUUCCGGAUUCAUUGAGCCUUUGACAUCGACCUAUGGUAUCACCCCAUUUUUUGUUCCUGACUUUGAUGACUUUUCUGGUUAUCCGACCGGUGUUUUCAGCGCCUACCCAAUUCUGAACGGUGUCUACAGCUGGGAGUCAGCAUGGCCAUCCCCCGGAACCACUCCAGCCAAUGUUAGUGACACUGUCGAUUCGGCCGCAUUGCAAGAAGCGCAUUCUGCUGGGAAGGUUUACAUGAUGCCGGUAUCAUCUUUCCAGUUCAAAUAUCUCGGCAGUGGUCAAGACUGGUACCGUAUUGGGGAGGUCAAUCUACCCGAACGCAUGGGCCAAGCCCUGCAAUUGCAGCCCGACUUUGUUGAAGUCAUCACCUGGAACGAUGCUGGAGAGAGCCACUACGUGGGCGACUUCUGGCAAGAACAGAUUGCUGGCACUACGAUUGGAGAUUAUGCCGAUGGCUUUGAUCACAAGGGAUGGUUACAGAUUAUCACGCCUUUCAUCAAGGCUUACAAGGCUGGAGCAACAAGUAUCUCUCAGAUCAUGCCACCCAGCACCAGCCCCGUUGGAACUCUCUGGUAUCGAACUCUCUUAACCAGUGCCAGCUGCUCCUCAUCUAUUUCCAACUAUCAAUCCGCGCUUGAUGUGAUGAAUUUUGCGGUGAUUCUCCCUUCUGCUGGCUACAAAAUCAAUGUUUACAGUAACAGCAAUCUUAUUGGCACCUUUGCUGGUGAAAAGGGAUUGAACUACAACAGUGUACGGGGCCUUGCUGUUGGCAGUGGGCAGAUGAUCAAGGUGCUUGAUAGUUCGAAUAAUGUGGUUGCAUCGGCCACAGGAACUAAAAAUGUCUUGAGUCAAAGCUCGAACGCGACUUGCAAUUGGAAUUAUGAAGUUGUGGGACUUUCGUGA